AUGGUGCUUAUUUAUUUCUUGAAGGAUAAUCAUUGAAAUUCUUUGAAAGCUUUGUAAGAGAACUCGCCGUAUUCAGUCUUGCUUUGAGAUUAUUGAAGACAAUUCAAGCCUGAACUGAGAUCAUUAAAUAAUAUAUUCGUCUAUUUGGAUGUAUUUCACUGGUUACGGGUGGACUUUGGAUAUUAACAAUCAGUCGUGCCUCCUCCUUUCUCUUUAAUAAUCUGUUAGACCAUGGAAAGAGGCGUCCAUAAGCGUGAAAGAGGCUUGAUAAUCGCGAGAAGAGGCAGAGGAAAACCCGGAAAUAAAACAGUGGGAAAACGGUAAAAAGACCGAUAGAAAUGAUAGGACAACUGUAGCCUAAACGCCUUCAACGUGAUUAAUAGGGUCAGAAAUGCAGGUGGUCCUGAUUUAUUUCUCGAAGGAUAUGCAGUGAAAUUCUUUAGAAGCUUUCUACGAGAACUCGCCGUAUUCAGUCUUGCUUUAAGAUCAUUAAAGACAAUUCAAGCCUGACCUUAUUUUCCAAUACCUGGACCUCAUAAGCAGACGGCUUGAAAGAGGGAGCAAUUUGCAAUGCGAUGGCUCCAAAACCAUAUUCAAGGAAAAUGGAUCACGAGGGAGUGCCAAUAUGGCUACAGCAUAAAAAUCGCCAUAUACAGCUGCGCGAAGAAAGGGGGUUGAUCUCGAGCCUCCUCGUUGGAAGGCAACUUUGAUCCCCACAACUGGUAUUUUGACGUCGAUUGUCAUUAUUUUGAUUGUGAAAAUCACGAGGAAAUGCACUUUUAUUGCUUGUUGGCUGUGGAGGUGUUGUUGGUGGGGCUGACUACUCUGCCUGGGUGAAGCACACUCGCGCGCCCUUGUUCUUCAAAUUAUAUUGAUGAAACUGCUGAAUGACCAAUGGAGCAAAAAAAUCAAAGAACUAAAAUUGAAGGAGGAUAAACAGGAAAUUAUCAUCAAGCGAAGAGAAGGGGAUCAUCAGAAAUUGAUAUCUUUAGCAAAAGAACUUGGUUUGCACAGUCAUAUUUAUAAAGUACAAGCUGGACGGUUUCUUGUUGUGAGUAAUGCCCCAUUACGGCCAGAUCUUUUUGGAGAAGAAUAUACAAAUCCUACCAAUGAAGAUCUAGAGAUAAGUUCUAGCACCCAGCACAGGGAUGAGAGUAAAAGUGAUUGGAUAAGAAAAAUAGAGAAGCUUAAAUGUCAAGAAGUCGAGCAGGAAAUUGUUAUGCGGAGGGAAUCUUUGGGGAAAAUAAAAAAAGUCCAUUUUAUUGAAAAUACAGCUCGAGCAUUGGGUUUAUACUUUCAUGCAUAUGAAUUUAGUCAUUCAAAAUACAGUUGGAAAAAGAAAAAAGAAGUUUUUGUUGUGAGCACGGUUCCACUGCCAAAUUACCGUGCAGAUCUUGACAAGAGGCAUGGAUCAACACAACGUGAGAUUCAAAUAUCAAUGGAUACUGAGCAUAGAGUGGAAAGUAUUCUUGCAAGUGCUAGGGAAGGUUGUGCUCAAAAAAGUGUACAUAGUGAAGCAAGUCAAAUUCACUCUUCACUGCUUCAUUUUCCUGAAGUUCCUCAAACAUAUGAUGAAAAACUGACAUUAAGCCUUGAGAUGUGCCGUCGGCAAUGGCAACAGAAGUUUACUCCAUCUGCUACGGAGAUGCAGCAUCUGAGAGAAAGGCUGCCAUCUUAUAAGAUGAAAGAUCAGCUGCUGACAGCUGUUGCCAAUAACCAGGUUGUGAUUGUUUCUGGUGAAACUGGUUGUGGUAAAACAACUCAAAUACCUCAGUUUAUAUUAGAAGAUGAAAUUGAAUUGCUUCGUGGGGUGAAGUGCAAUAUUGUUUGUACACAGCCUCGUCGAAUCUCUGCUAUAUCUGUGGCUGCACGGGUUGCUUUUGAAAGAGGUGAAAAUUUGGGGGAAACAGUUGGUUACCAAAUUCGGCUCGAGGAAAAGAAAUCACCACGUACUCGUUUGUUAUUUUGCACCAGUGGAGUGCUUCUAAGAUGGCUGGUACAUCGACCAAAUAUUGAUGCUGUUACUCAUGUACUAGUGGAUGAAAUCCACGAAAGGGGCAUGAAUGAAGAUUUUCUCUUGAUUAUUUUACGAGAUCUGCUUUCCAAGCGCCCUGAAUUACGAAUCAUUUUGAUGAGUGCAACCAUCAAUGCAGAGCUUUUUUCUAAAUAUUUUGGAGAUGCACCAAUAAUAUAUAUACCAGGUUUCACUUUUCCUGUCAAACAAUUAUUCUUAGAAGAUGUUUUAGAAACUAUUCGCUACACCAUACCCAAGAAGAAAAAGAUGAAGGCAGAUGAUUUGAGUGAGUUAUUUGAGGAUAUUGAUGUUCGAUCUGAAUACAGAAGAUAUAGCUUGGCUACACAAAGUUCACUUGAGGCUUGGGAUGGAGCAGAAAUUGAUCUGAGACUUGUUGAAGCAACAAUUGAAUAUAUCUGUCGCUCGGAAGGAGAAGGGGCAAUCCUUGUGUUUUUGACAGGGUGGAUUGAAAUCUCAGAUAUGAUUACGAGACUUAGAGAAAAUCCACUAUUAAGUAAUUCGGACAUGUUUAUGUUGCUUCCCUUGCAUGGUUCAAUGCCCACGAUACAUCAACAGGAUAUAUUUCAACAAGCACCCUGGGGUAAGAGAAAGAUAAUAAUUGCCACAAAUAUUGCAGAGACCAGCAUUACCAUAGAUGAUGUUGUGUUUGUUGUUGAUUGUGGCAAAGCAAAAGAAAGUAGUUAUGAUGCUGUAAACAAACUAUCCUCUCUUUCUUCUUCAUGGAUUUCAAAAGCUUCUGCUCACCAGAGAAAGGGACGUGCUGGGCGAGUGAGGCCUGGUGUUUGCUAUCACCUAUAUCCAAGAAUUAUUUAUGAUGCCAUGCCACAGUUUCAGUUACCAGAAAUCCUCCGAACACCUUUGGAAGGACUGUGCCUGCAAAUUAAAAGUCUGCAGUUUGAAAAUGUUGCUAAUUUCUUAGCCAAAGCCCUUCAACCUCCCAAUCCUCUUUCUGUUCAUAAUGCAAUUGACCUUCUUAAGACCAUAGGCGCUUUAAAUGAUAUGGAGGAUCUUACUUCAUUAGGACGCCAUUUAUCUACAUUACCUGUUGACCCCAAAGUCGGAAAAAUGCUGUUGAUGGGAGUUGUUUUCCAGUGUUUGAGCCCAGCAUUGGUAAUUGCCUCAAUGGUUGAUCACCGGAGUCCAUUUAUCCUUCCAAUUGAUGAUAAAUACGAAGCUGAUAAAGCAAAAAAACGUUUUGCAGGAGAUUCCAACAGCGAUCACAUUGCACUUUUGAGGGCUUUUGAAGGUUGGCAGCUUGCCAAGCGUGAUGGCUUGGAAAGCGAAUUCUGCUGUCAAAAUUUCUUAUCGUUGACAGCAUUACAGACAAUAGAGAAAAUGCAAACGCAGUUUUUUGAUCUACUUGCUGACAUUGGAUUCAUUAACAAAACUUUGAGUAUUCAGGAGUACAACAGGUACAGUGCAGACAUAGAAAUGAUUUCUGCUGUUUUAUGUGCGGGCCUUUAUCCAUGUGUUGCACAGUGUAAACCAGCAGGAACAUUCACCAAAGAAGACGGUAAAAUUUCUAUCAAUCCAUCAUCAGUCAACUCACAUAUUCGGGUUUUUCCACGGCCUUAUUUGAUCUAUAGUAAUAAGUUAAAAACAAGUACCAUCUUGAUUGGAGACUCAACCAAUAUAUCUGAUUAUGCUCUGCUUAUGUUUGGGGGCACUCUUACACCAAGUCAAAAUGGGCAAGGCAUAGAGAUGCUUGGAGGUUAUUUACAUUUUUCUUCAUCAGAAAGAACUUUGAAGAUAGUUCAGAAUUUAAGGGCAGCACUUGACAGACUUUUGCAAAGAAAAAUAGAUGAACCUGCAUUGGACAUGCAUGCAGAGGGCGAAGGGGUUGUUCCUGCUGUUAUACAAUUGCUGCAUAGUGAGAAUAGGUGUGAGAAUGCCAAUAGCCGUGAUCCCUAACGUGUAUGCUAUUGAGGAUAGAAAACAGAGCUGUACCAACAGCAAUUAUGUUUCAAAUAAUAGGGACAGAAAACUGUUGAAUUUGGGGUUCAGAAGAUGUAAACUUAUGUUCAAUGAUGCCAGCACUAUUGAUUUAGCUCUGCUUUACAACUUUUUCAAGUCAUCAUUUUGCAAUUUGCAGUUUACUAAAAAUGGUUACUCAUAUGUGUCAAGAACGUACUUAAUUUUUUUUUGGAGGACAGCAGAAGUUUCUUCUACUGAACUGUGUCUGAUUUGUGGGUCUCCUUGGGAUUCUUCCGAACUUAAAUAUCAUUCUGAAGUUUCAAGACAAUAAAAUACGUUGGCAUAUAUAUUGUUGAGGGUUUUGUAUCCACACAAAGAUAAUCUGACUUUUUCAAAAA